GUGCUCUGCUCAGAAGCCCCGGGCUCGUCAGUCAAGCCGGUUCUCAGUUCGCACUUGGCAGCACGGGCAGGCGAGUGGCUCCUGAUUCCGGGAGCAGAGCAGCAGUGCCUCAGUCCUGGUCCUCCAGCCCUAAGCCUCGCCUGCCCGCCGAGUGCCAGGAUGGCCACCAUCACCUGCACCCGCUUCACGGAAGAGUACCAGCUCUUCGAGGAACUGGGAAAGGGAGCCUUCUCGGUGGUACGCAGGUGUGUGAAGGUUCUGGCCGGCCAGGAAUAUGCUGCCAAGAUUAUCAACACUAAGAAGCUCUCUGCCAGAGACCACCAGAAGCUGGAGCGUGAAGCGCGCAUCUGCCGGCUCCUGAAGCACCCCAACAUCGUCCGGCUCCAUGACAGCAUCUCUGAGGAGGGACACCACUACCUGAUCUUCGACCUGGUCACAGGAGGUGAGCUGUUUGAAGACAUCGUGGCCCGGGAGUAUUACAGUGAGGCUGAUGCCAGUCACUGUAUCCAGCAGAUCCUGGAGGCCGUGCUGCACUGCCACCAGAUGGGGGUGGUGCACCGGGACCUGAAGCCGGAGAAUCUGUUGCUGGCCUCCAAGCUCAAGGGCGCUGCGGUGAAGCUGGCGGACUUUGGCCUGGCCAUAGAGGUGGAGGGGGAACAGCAGGCAUGGUUUGGGUUCGCAGGGACUCCUGGAUACCUCUCCCCAGAAGUGCUGCGGAAGGACCCAUACGGGAAGCCUGUGGACCUGUGGGCCUGCGGGGUCAUUCUCUACAUCCUACUGGUUGGCUAUCCCCCAUUUUGGGAUGAGGACCAGCACCGCCUGUACCAGCAGAUCAAAGCCGGCGCCUAUGAUUUUCCAUCACCAGAAUGGGACACCGUCACCCCAGAAGCAAAAGAUCUGAUCAACAAGAUGCUGACCAUCAACCCGUCCAAACGUAUCACGGCCGCUGAGGCCCUCAAGCACCCCUGGAUCUCGCACCGGUCCACCGUGGCCUCCUGCAUGCACAGACAGGAGACCGUGGACUGCCUGAAGAAGUUCAACGCCAGGAGAAAACUGAAGGGAGCCAUCCUCACCACUAUGCUGGCCACCAGGAACUUCUCUGGGGGGAAGAGUGGAGGAAACAAGAAGAACGAUGGUGUGAAGAAAAGAAAGUCCAGUUCCAGCGUUCAGUUAAUGGAAUCUUCCGAGAGCACCAACACCACCAUUGAGGAUGAAGACACCAAAGUGCGGAAACAGGAAAUUAUAAAAGUGACAGAGCAGCUGAUUGAAGCCAUAAGCAAUGGAGAUUUUGAGUCCUACACGAAGAUGUGUGACCCCGGGAUGACAGCCUUCGAACCCGAGGCCCUGGGGAACCUGGUCGAGGGCCUGGACUUCCAUCGAUUCUAUUUUGAAAACCUGUGGUCCCGGAACAGCAAGCCUGUGCACACCACCAUCCUGAACCCCCACAUCCACCUGAUGGGCGACGAGUCAGCCUGCAUCGCCUACAUCCGCAUCACGCAGUACCUGGACGCAGGCGGCAUCCCUCGCACUGCGCAGUCAGAGGAGACCCGCGUGUGGCACCGCCGAGAUGGCAAAUGGCAGAUCGUCCACUUCCACAGAUCUGGGGCGCCCUCCGUCCUGCCCCACUGAAGGAUCAGGCUGGGGGCACCGUACCGCAGAGAUCCACUCUUUGUCCGUGGAAUGUGGCUGCUGGUUCUCCCACAUGGAUUUUGCUGGAAUUCCCUCAAUCACACCAUCCCGCUGCCAUCACUAUCACCUUCAUACCUGUGUCAAGAAAACCUGCCUGUUUGCAAAAGCUAUCACGACUUCAGAGCAAAUGGCCACAUCACCCCAUCCCCACCUGUCACUCUCGUUCUCUGUCCCCGGCCAGGGAGGGGCUUCCUCAGGCCUGGGUGCCCAGGGUGCCAGUCCCUGGACCCCCCUCCCAGCUGCCAUUGGCCUGGUCUUGCCUUGGCUGUAGGCCCGAGCGCCCAGCUGUGUGUUCCCUCAGGGGCUGGGGAGGAGGGGCGCAGUCAGGAGGAAUGUGGCAUCUGCCUGGCCCUCUCCCUGAUCUCUCCUCUUCCUGGGCCUCCUGGGGAAGGGCAGAUGAAGCCCCAACUCCCCGAGCCAACCUCCCCUGCGGGAGAGGGCAAGAGAGGAGCAGACGCCAGGAGCCUCCUGCCUCAAACUGCCUUCCUAGAUCUUCUCCCGUCCUGUCCUGCCCUCCUGGUCUGCAGCUGACCCUCCUCCCUCAGUGUGGGGGGGCGCGAUCCUCUCAGGGUGCCCCCAUUUCUUUCCUCCUUCUGCUGAUGUCCCCUCCAGCACUAACCGCCCCUUCCACCCUUCCAUCAGGCCCGGGGAAUUCCAGCUUCGUCACAUCCGAGGAGAGAAUCUGAUUGCUUUUUGGGGGCAAAAGAAAACAACGUUUAGGUAUCACUUCUACUUGGACCGCAUGCCUUUUUAUAGCCAAACUUCUGUGUGUUUCGUAAAUGGAUUUCGCGUUAAUGGAUAUUUAUGUAAUAACUAGACCUCUCAGAUUAUUGUGAGAACAGUUGGGUAGGGAAGGAAAGUGGGAAGAGGUUGAGGGGUAGUUUUUUCUGUUCAAGGUCUUUUUGUUUUUUUCUUUCUUUCCUUUUUUUUUUUUUUUGGUCAUCUCUGAGAUGGACUUUGUCACUUGUGGUUAUCUGGGGCGGAGGUGGACUCAGCCCCGGGGAAAGGAUCUCUCUGACAUUUCAGACCCAAGUUUCCCUUCAGGACUGGAGAAGCAUCACAUGGUGGUGCUGACGAAGAAACAGCAAAUCAGGGCAGAGAGAGUAGGGGAGGUUGUCAGGAUGGCAGUGUCUAGGCUUUUCCUUGCUUGCCUCCCAAACCGGGGUCCUUACUACCAUGCUUCCCAGGAUUUCCUCCCACCACAUCUGUGUACCACCCCUGGCGCCCCCCGCCACCUCUGAGGGGUUCACGAGCAUGUGUCUUCAUGUGGGUCCAAAAGCAGCGCUGGAAUUUCUACUCUUCACAACUCCUCCUGCAGUCAUGGGUUCAUAUCUUUCUUUUCCUUUCUCUUUCCCUCUUCCCUUGGGAAUUGACUCUGAUGUGGAAUGCCUUGGCACGUCCACUAGGAUCUACUGUCUGCACUGUUUUCUUUGCAUGACUUUAUAUGCAGUAAGUAUGUUGAAAAAAAAAAAAGAAAAGAGGAAAAAACACUCAGCAAAA